UGAUUUUCUUAGGUUUCAUAAUAAACGGGCCACUUGAUACCCUUCUUUCUCGGACAUUGGAUUGUGGGGGAGGAAAUUGUGAUGACCAUUUAUCUCUUUCAUUGUGUACCAUCCAGGGUGUUUCUUUUCUUUUGUCUUUUUUUUUUUUUUUCUUUCUUUCUUGGGACGGUGGUUUUUGCAUUGAUGAUCUCAUUUUUAUUUUAUUCUUAUCCUAUUUUUUGGGUUGUUUUGGUUGAUUCUUUUCCUGUUGUUGCCUUCGCUGUAUCAUAUACCUUUCUUCCCCUUUUCCCCCUGUCGUUGCCUAACCCUCGAGCCCUUGCAUGUUGUCAUUCUGUGCGAUUGAUUGUUUAAAAAAGAAUGGAAAUCCCGGGAGAAUGUAAACGGCCACGAAUUUCCCUGCGU